AGCAUUUUUCAAGAAUGCAAACUACAUUUUUAAACAUGUCAAACACUGAUAAACACUUAAGGUCUUAUCUACAGCUUAGAUAUUUCCCGCAUCCGUGCAUUUAACCUAACUUUUGCCGUAUGCCCCCUACAAAUUUGCACAUAAUUGGAUAUAUCUAUUGUUGGUUAUAUCUAAACAUACUUCUUACAGAGAUGCACACAUCUGUGCGUCCCUUGAAGAUAUUGCGCUAGAGAUUACACGCGUGCUGUAAGAGAGGAGAAUAACUUGUUUUGACAAGGUGACAUCAAAGAACACCGAGCCGACACGAGAUGGUGGGGGCCGGUGCCAGGCAGUGAAAACUGCAAAACUGCUUUGUCACGAACUUGGCCUAGAUCCGUUCACCGAUGUACCAUGUUUAAGUUUAAAAAAAACAAAACAAAAAAAAACCUUUAUAUAUUUCCGGAACCCAACUGUUGAUUUCAGGGACAUUGAGGGGCUGCAGGCCGUUGGUCAUACGCAAGAGGCUACUCGCGAGACAUGCGCUCAUUGGUCGUUUAGACACUUCCCCUGGUUCUGCACGAAACGUAAUUCAUUCCAAGGCCUUAUGAUUAUGAUAUGAAAAUCAAGGUUGUCGGGGGAUUAUGGCUUCGCAUUUACUCCAAACAAAUUCUAAUGAGUGAUCACAUGACUUGCGCCCAGAACUUCAAGAGGAUUCAGUCCUUUCAAAUAUUUUAAUUCAAAAAUUAGGAUUCUCUUUAUGGCGUUCAUUUUCUUAUAAUAUUAAAAAAAGGCAAAAUCUAAUAUUUAUGCACAUAUAGCAAAUUAAGAAAGGAUAUCCAAAAGAUUAUAUCAAAUCAAUGUUCAUAUUUAGCACUUAGAUAAUUUCCUGUUCAUACUGGAAAGACACCUGCGUAAACAAAAAAGGAUUUGAAAAGACACAUCAGCAGUGAUGGUAGGUAAGGGUUCUGAACUGACACAUCUGUUUAUCGUGGGAAUCGUGCAAUUUACGCCCAUAAAAUCCCGUUCGAAUUGACAGCGUCUUUCGUCAAACUGUCAAAUAAACGCAUCAAGUUCAAAGUACUUGAUGUGAUGCGACGUAAUCAAAAUCAGGGAUCCGUCAAGGAUUCUUGCUGCGUUGCCUCCAAAGCAAUUAUCGUUCCUUUCUUUAGGCCCAGUGGUCCUAAACGAGUAUUUUUUGGAAUGCUUAAAGAAACUUUAUGCCUAAACUAUUUGUGCAAUAUCUUAGUUAGACGCCGUCACACGCUACUUACCAUCUACAAAGACGCCUGUUUCAAGGUUUUUCCUCUGCCAUUGGAAAAUUGGCUUACUUCCAGCAAUCAAAAUGUGGUUUUGUUCGUGGGCAAAAAAUAAAAGCAGUGGAAUUAAAUCAACUAUAUGUCAGUCGUUAGCACCAGUGCAAGGUGUUAAUGGGCACAUGACCUCCUGUCCUAAAUUCUAUGAUAAUGACGUUGAAAUUCAUGUUCCCAGAACUUUUAAUAAGACGAUGUUUCGCUUGACUUUUACAGCCUGCAACAAGAAACCUUCACCAGGUUUGUACGAUCAUUUGGAUAAGUAUAAAUGAUGAAUGUUGUUAAGAACAUUCCCAGAAGGUCCAAGACAUUAACCGCUGAAUAGAAGGCACGCUAUAGAUUCGCAAAUAUCCAGAAGCUGACGAUAGACCAACAAUGUAAAGCCCAAGCGUUGAAAGUAAACCGAAAUCUGUAGCAGUUUUAGAACAUUUUGUCACGUUUAUGCUUAAAUACAUACGAGAUGGUCAUAUGCUAAACACAUUGUUUAUUUAAUAAACGCAACGUAAGUUUAUUGUUUAAACAUUGGUUAAUUAAGCAUAGGGUUUUAAACUCUUCGUAAUUAUAAAUCCGUUUGUGUGUUCAUCACUUAAACUCCUUCAUGUGUCUAGGCUGUAACACUUUUUAUACACUUUGACACUUUUAUAAAAGCUGCAGUGUUUAUUACCUGCACAUUAUUAGUAACGAUGACACACACGUGUUCAAGUCAAUGACGUGAAGAGUGGCAAGCCAACUGCUACAACUCAACAUGGGAACAGAAACGGUUGAAAUACUGUUGACAAACCUUACUUUUUCAGAAGAUUAUUACCUAUCUUAGGUCCUGAAAUAUCUGUGCACGUUAUAUGUACGAAUCUGUGUAGGAAACGAAUAAAUGCAACUCUAAACAGUCCGCUUUCUCUAUAUUUGAUAUGAUAAAUAUGAUAUUGGGAAAUUGGACAAAGUCUCAAACUUUCAAUUAAUAAAAAUAAAAGUUUAAAAGCUGCCGGAAAACUGACAAAGGUAAAAUCUAGAGCUUACAGCGUAGCCAUAUUCAAGGUUUCAACUUCUCCGGGGUUCAGCAGGGUCAGUUGAAAUCACUCAAUUCGUAAGAUAUUUGUGCAGUGAGAAGGAAAAAGAUAAUGCGUCUAUAGCUAGCCGGGCAAAAUACCGGGCAAAAUAAAUAUCUUUUUGUUUGCCAGCCAGUCAACCACUGUUGCUACUGCUGCGGUAGAAUUCUUUUGCCGGAGGGACGAUUUAUUGGCAUUCGUCGCUUUUUUCAUCAUGUACACAACUAUAAUUCGUAAGCCGCCUUGGCUAAACAAAUUCAAAUAAAAUAAACGAACAUAUCUGAUAGUAUGCACUUUCUCGAUAUUCCCUCAGCGAAAUCGGGCUGCAUGCCCACGGAAGAAAUGUCAAUCACAAAUUUCUUUGGUCUUGCAUGUUGCUCAGUCCUGCUUACUCCCUCCAGAAAGGUAGUGGCGUCGUACAUGCCCUGCUCCGCAAAAUCGUAAAUAGGCAUUGUUCUGACCAAUCGACGCGAUAGCAGAAGCGUGUUGUCAGGGACCGGGAGAUUUCCUUGCAGAACCGGAUAGCUGUUGCGUAUUUUUUCCGCUGAACCUUACGACCUUUACAAAGUUGUGUAGAGACACUGAUGCUGAAGGUACUUUUGACGUUUUAAGGUCGGUCGGUUGUAAACUGAACGAAUUCGAAGCUUCUCAUGAUGGGCCGUGGUUUCUUCCACUAUCCAGUCGCCUUCGGGCUUUGCUUUACUGUCUUCAUGGUCUUCCAAGUCAGCGUGGGGAUCUACAUUGGCGGUAUCCUCACCACACUAGAGAGGCAGUACCGCAUCAAGUCCUCCCUGGCAGGCGUGGUGGUUUCCACCAGCGACUUUGCCAGUUUGAUAUCAAUCAUAGCCGUGACGUACGUCGGAAAGAGCUGGCACAGGCCGCGGAUCAUUGGGGUGCUGGCGACCAUGACCGGCAUCGGAGGGAUUCUAAGCGCAGUGCCACAUUUCAUCUACCCAGCAUACAGAGAGGGUGAAGGUGGGUUACUACAAAGCGCCAACGGAUCAAAUGCAACAAGUUCCAGCAUCUUUGUCUGUGAUGCUGGCCGGGAGUUGGAGGAAUGCUCGGCACAGGAUAUCGAUGAGUCUGGCUCCCGAGUUGAGGAGAUGUGGGCCCUGUUCCUUGGCCAGGCCAUCAUGGGUCUGGCCUACGGACCACUGUUCCCUAUCGCUCUGACAUAUCUCGAUGACCAAGUGAAGGGUACCACUACACCUUACUAUAUCAGUGUCUUCCUGACAGCCGGCUCAUCCUCCACCCUGGUGGGUUUCGGCCAGGCCUUCUUGUUUCUCACGACCAAUGUCAACUGGCCUGCCCAGCCCGACUACACUAAGGAGUGGAUCGGAGCCUGGUGGUUGGGCUUCCUCGUGGACGGAGUGAUCAUCUUGAUUAUCGCCAUCCCUUUCUUCUUUUUCCCGAAGGAGAUGGAUUUCAAGGUGAGAGAGGAGGACAUACCGCCUGAGAGGCUGGCCAAGGAGGGAAAAGACGGCCAAGCAAGCAGUGAUCUUGGAGUCAAAGAUUUUGUGGCGUCCUCUAAGCGGAUCGGCACCAAUGCUGUUUUCAUGAUGCUCCUCGUGUCAACCAUUUUUGAGCUGGCGGUGUCCGCAUCCUUCGGGUUUUUCUUGGCCAAGUUUUUCGAGAUUCGGUACAACACGGCCCCGUCGUUUUCAGCCUUACUUGUCGGGAUAAUCGUGAUGCCAGGGGCACUCCUCGGCAAUCUUACGAGCGGAGUCCUCGUCAAAAAGUUGAAGCUGACAUCACGUGGGUGUGGGGCUAUGAUCCUGAGCCUAACCGCCUUGGUCAUGUGCUGCAUCCCGGUGGUGUAUUUCCUGGGCUGCCCGGAGGCAAACUACGCCGGUUACACCGACGGCGUUUUAAGCAUUUCAAGCCCUUGUAACAUGGACUGUACCUGCACCAUCGAUCGAUUCGAACCGGUGUGUGGAGCUGAUGAGAAGGUGUACGUAACUCCUUGCUACGCCGGUUGUACCGGUCAGCGCUCGGAUCCGACGGACGACCCUGCUGUCAAUGCCACGGUUUAUACUGGUUGCACCUGCAGUACAGGGUACAAUGCAACCGGUCCGUCUUCCACUGACGCCCUUGCUGGGAAGUGUGUGGGUACUUGCGAUAUGCUCUACUACACAGGAAUAUUACUCUUCUGUAUUGUCUUGUUUGGUUCCAUGACGCAGAAUCCUCUCACAAUCAUGCAAAUGAGAUCUGUUGGAAAAGAUAAGACUUUUGGUCUCGGCAUUUCAGCCUUCUUCAGUCGCGCAUUAGGAUUCCUCCCAGCCCCGCUGUAUUUCGGUGCAGCCAUAGAGGGUGCCUGCAUCUUGGAGCGCAUCGAAUGCGGCGUCAGCGGUGACUGCCUCAUCUAUAACUCUCAAGUCUUCAGUCUAACAUUCCUUGGCAUCUUCUUUGGCCUGAAGAUAUGCAACCUGUUCUUCUACUCCAUUGCCACUACCGCAGCAAUUAGGCGCGACAAAAGAGCGAACCGUGAAUCCCAAAACGACGAGAAAACCAAGAAAGUUGGCGUGGAAGGGCUAGACAACAAAGGUUUCAUUGGUGGUUCUGAUUUAAGUAACGUCAGCUAUGACACUAAAUUGUAAUGAGGAAAUGUCAUUAUUUGGUGUAAUUCGGAGUAAUGGGUUUCCAUUGAUUUAAUCGAAUGCCGAGUGACGUCUAACACGCUACAAAUUCUACAUAACCUUUGAAAGCUGAGUUGUUAAUUCUAAGUGCAGAAUAUUCCCAGAAUGAACAAAUUCGAUCACUAUUUCCUUGAAAUACAUCUAUCCCAUUCACUAUGACUGACAAUGCAUUGACAUCGUUUAUUAUUACUGCGCAGAGAAGGAAAGAUUUCUACAUGCUGUCUUGAUAUUCGCUGGCUUACCAAACUUCCCUUACAACUUAGAUAACUACAUAAAAUAUAUUUUAAAAUACAUACUACUUUUCUAGGAACUGAUGUUUGAUAUUUCUUUAAGUUUGAUAUUUCUUUUCAAAAUAAUGAAUGAUUUUUUAAAAACGUGUAAGGCUAAAAUCAGAAAACAUUUUUGCAGCGUAGACAGAGAUAUAAGUCUAUUACUCCCGCCCCAGUUACUCGAUCAGUUGCCAGUUGUAGAGGUUUGCGGUAGCACUGUUUCAUUUCAUUUCAUUUCAUUUAUUAAUUUCUGCAGGUAAAGAUACAAACUCGCAUGUAUAAAAGUUGACAAGAAAAAUAGUCGAGCAACAGCCCUGCAGGAUUGCAAAAAAGCACACUAAAUUACAGUCAAGUUGUCCUAGGUGCCACUUAAACCAAACAAUGAAACAAAUACAUGUAUACUGCCUACGGAAAACAGGAAGGGAACUAAACGUAUGACACCCAUAAAAUUAAUUUAAAACAAGAUUUUCACUUAAUUUUUAAUCAGUAGGUUAUAAAUAAAUUAAAAAGACAUAUAAAUUAAAAAAGUAAUCUUCAACUACUUUUACUCUCACCGACCAUGCAAAAUAUCCAUAAUAAUAAGCCCCCUGCGAACAGCAUUGAAUGGCAAAAGGCUUAUUAACUAUGGACAGACAAGACACAAACAACAUGCACACACACAAAAUGUCACAAGGAGAGAAAGUCAAUGUGUUAGAAGUUAUCUUCCGAGAGAAAUGGAUAGUCGGUAAAAAAUACACUAGGACGUUUACAGUACAAUAUAUAGGCAUGCCUAAUGUGUAUAAAAAUCGGAGUAAUGAUCGAAGAAUUUGUACAAAGCCAUUAAUUCCCUAUGAACAACUAUGCAUAAUAGCCUACACAAUGGGCACAAAUGUGUAAAAACUGGAUAAAAACUGCAUCAACCCACACCAUUCCAGUAAAAAUGUACUACAUGGAAAAAAUAUCAUUUAUAAAUUUGCGUUAGGGUUGCCCGUGAACCUGGCAUCAAUAAAUGUUUUCUUCGUGAGUUAGUAAAACACCUUAAUCCUAAAACAAACAUGUAACAGAAUUGGGUAAUGCGGUUAAUAGUCUCGAGAAUAUAUUGAAAGAGACUAGUAGAAUAGAGCAGCAUUAGCCCUCGACCUCUGGUGGUGAAAUCUUCAUUAUUUCUACCGUCCGACAGGUAUGUCAAGUUGGUUAGACAAAUAUUUCACAACAAACACAAUAGAAAGAAAGUGGAGUCUGUUGUGUACAAAGGCAAACCUAGCUGGAUACACCUUUCAGAAUACUCCAUCUCGAGUUUAGGAUUAACCCUAACCCUCCUCAAUCCUUCACCUGUUGGAGGAUUGAGGAAGGUUAGGGUUAAUGGAGGUCUUUCUCGGGAGGCCUAAACAAAAGCCAGUAAAACGUCAUUGGACCCUAACCAAAGUAUAGUAUAAACAGGGCGCCACCAACGUGCUGCAUAUUCUAAUAAUGGUUUGCUGAUUGAGCAAUAGAGUGAAAUGAGAAUAUUAGAGUCUCUAGAUUUAAGAACUCUACCAACAAGACCAUUAAGACAAGUAGCUUAGAAAACAAUAUUCUUAAUGUGUUGCUUCCAACUUAAGUCCCUGGAAAUAAUAACACCAAGAUAUUUAUAGUCAUCCACAUGUUCCAAUACAAAAUCCCCAAUUUCAGUACAAUGGCCUGGGGAUUUUUUGAACGCCUAUCUAAGAAGUAAGAACCACACAUGCUCAUAAAGAGAUGUCCUUGCAUCGUGUUGCCGCAAAUCCUUACAACUUACUUGCUACCUCACCAUGAAAAACUCCAAAGCUCAUCGAUCAGUUGUACUUUACAUGCAAUUUGCAAAGAAAUCUUGUAUAUGCUUUACACCGUUGGUACACUUGAGGUAGAGAACUAUAUAGUAUAGCAUAAUAUAGCAUAUUAUUUAAACAAAAUCUUGGUCUUUUGUAUUUUUAUACGGCGUUUUAAUGGGGAAUUUUCAUUUUGGGCUUAAGAGAAUAUUACCCAAGCUUGGUUAUAUAAAAGAAACAUAAAUAAAACAAUAAUCCUUUAAAAGUAGAUUUUAGCUGGUAAUGUAAACCAGUUGUGCUUGAUUUUUUGAGCCGAAAAUUUUCCAGUAAUAUGCAUGUGUUUUAAGAACUUUUUAAGUACUGUAUGUACAGUAGACCACAGAGAUUCAUUAAUGAAUUGGAGUUAUUAAACAAUCUGUAUAGGCAUAACGUGAAAA